UAACUUUGAAUAGCUUGUUUGGCUGCCAGAGUAGUGCAUUUUAAACAUGUUGGAGUAAAGCCGGGCAGUGUUAUUUAGUUAAGUUUUUUGUGAUGAACUAUGUCAGACAUUAAACGUGUAGUUUUAUCAACAUUAGAACCACAAAAAGUGUGUGCAAAAGUGGUGAAAAAACCGACAAGAACUGUGCGGAUUCGAGUGUCAUUGCCAGAAUCGAAUGAAGACAAAUGCCCAGAAUACAAUUUUAAGGACGAGUUAGCAGCUGUAAAGAAAAAAAUCAAGCAGAAUGGUAAAGAACCAGUUCCUAUUGUACCGAAUGGCGUGGAUCCAUUCGGAGACGAGAACGAUGAAGACGUCCAACGGAUCGCACUCGAACUGGAAGCAAAAUAUGGCACCGGAGUGAGUGGAGGGUCUAAAAAGAGGCGCAAAGGACGUAAGGACGAUUACGCGGACAUAGGGGCGGGCUACGAUGAGUCCGACUCUUUCAUUGAUAACACCGAUGGGUAUGACGAGAUCAUACCCCAUAAUGUUACCACAGUACGAGGCGGAUUCUAUAUUAAUAGCGGCGCCUUGGAAUUCAAAACGGAUGAUGAAGCCACCUCGGAAGUGUCCUCCAGCAGUUCAGAGGAGGAAGAAAGCGAAAGUGAGGAGGAGGACAGUACUCUCAAACUCAACAGAAAGCGGGUGCUUGAAACGUCCGAAGAAGAAGAAGAAGAUGGGAAUAGCAAUCACAGCACUCAAGGAGCAAAGAAGCAGGAAGGCGAGAAACCAAAUAUUAGCAUGCAACAGGCAAUCCAGAAGAAACUAUUCAGUAGGGAGAAAAUUCAGAUUAAGAAGCGGAAGCUGGACGAACAGAAAAAUGCAGCUAAAGAACUUCUGAGAGACAAAAAAAGCGAACCAAAUGGCACAGUUUCAGAUGCCGGAAAAGAUUCUCUAAAAGAAAACAAAAAGCCCAUGAGACUAAGCAGCGUUAUUGCCGCUAUAGACUCAGUGCUAGGUCAAGCUGAUGGUCAGAAAGCAGCUGAAAAUAUCGCUGGAAGCGCGGAUCAAUCAAUUGGGCCUCCCAAUAACAUGCAUGAGCUUACUUCAAUCGGAACCGACAUGUCCACUAGUGGAUUGGAAAUAGUAAAACUCCCCGAAAAUCUACCGCCGGAAAUUCUCCAAGUUAUCGAAAGCCUGAAGCGGUCAGCUAAAGAAUACAAGGACGGGGGGAAAGUGAAAUUCUUCAGCGGUGAUGUGAACACAACACUUCUCAAAUUGGAGCGGAUGUGUAAAGUACUCGGCCGAUCCUCCAGAGUGAGGGUAUAUGAACAUCUGGCACCGUUCGUAAAGUGCCGAAAGGAAACCUUAAUUAAACGUGCCAAAAAUCUCGUUUACGAAGAUGAAAAUUCGAAGCUCAAGAAGGCGAUCGAUAAGCUGAAGGGUCAGAUCAUUCAACUGAUGCCGGCGUUAGUCACAAACCACGAAAAAGAAUGCCAGCGAAUUUUACAAAGAAAGUUCUCCCUAGAAGCAGCCACUAAUGAUGAAAUAAAAAAUUUGAAAACUCCCAGACGGAAAUUUCCUCUGCAUGAAGAAAUGAAGCGAAUAUUGCGAGAUAUUGCAAAUUUAAAAAAACGUUGCCUACUGCACGAAGGCAAGUCGAAGAACGACAUCGAAGUGCUUUUAACCGAUUACUUGCGAGUGAACAUCUUAACAUUGUGGCCCGAAGGAUGGAUGUCGAUGGCAGUUUUGAAGAAAUUCUGCACCGCCAUGGCAAUCAAGACACCAGAUCCAAAGAGUUUAAGCAAUGCGAAUAUAAAUAAACAUUCCCAGAAGAUGCCGGCACCUCUAAUUAAUUAUAGUUCGGGAAAUAAUAUCACCAUCACGCCAGUAAACCUGACGGAUAAAUUGAACGAUGUUGGUUUGGGUUCAAAGUUUAAACCCGACGUUGAAGUUGUGAGUUCAGUAACUGAGAAGCCUGCGAACAACAUUGUGCCUUCAAUUAAGAAGCCACCCGAACCAAUAGUCGAAAAAAUUAUUAUGGCUGUUUACAAAGACAAGCCGGAUAUUAAGGACAAUGGUGUGAUAAAAAUGUCUAAACACAAAGAGGAGCCUGUGAUACCCAAAGACAUGCACUGCCAAAUAAUUGAUCUCACCGACACUCCAGUAAAUCGCUUGCCAGUAGCAGAUCAGGAAAAAUCGCAAGACUCAAAUAUUGGCGCAUCACUGAAAUCAAAAUUCCCUGCACUUACUGUGACUCCAACCAGUUCUCGGUCGCACCUGGAAAAGGAAAGAGAGGAUAUACAGAAGGUGGUGGAGAGUUUAAAAGCCUUACAAAAACUGUCAUCUCCCUCGAAAACGGAAAUGUCUAAUCCGGCCGUCUCAGUAAUAGCGUUCAACAAGACUUACUCAAAUUCGAAUUUCGGUCCUAACAGUGGCGUGACGAAUAAUGAAAGGACGAAUUUCAGUGGCGCCAUCGGAUUUCAGGACGAAUUCCAAAAACAGUUUACCAGUUCCCUGAAUAACCACAAAUCCCCACCCUCUACUCCUUCAUCUUCAGGAUUCAAUAGAUGUAGUUGAUCGAAUUUCAUGUAGAUAAGUAUUUUUGUAUCGGACCUCAAGUCUUGUAAAGUUCUAUUGUAUAGCCCGGCAAACGUGAAAAUUUGUACAUACGUGUUUAUAUAUUAGCUGCCUUGAUAAUUAGUUCUAUUUUUCCUUAUGUUAUUUUUUUCUUGAAAUUUAAAUUAUUAAAUGCCCUGAUUAAAAAUUGA